AUGUCGCCGCCAGCUGCUAAGAACGCCCGCGUUGGCGUGGGAGUUUUCAUUCUCAACGAUAAGAAUCAGUUCAUUAUUGGCAAACGUAAAGGCAGCCACGGCGCCGGUACCUGGGCACUUCCAGGCGGUCAUCUCGAAUUCGGUGAGGGUUUUGAAGAGUGUGCUGCAAGGGAGACGAUGGAAGAGACUGGGCUGGAGACGACGGACGUGCGCUUUUUCACGGCAACCAACAGCGUCUUCACGGACAUUGGGGCUCACUACGUAACGAUUUUUAUGACGGCAAGGAUAAGCGGCGAGAAGACGGAACCCGAGAACCUCGAACCAGAGAAGUGUGAGAUGUGGAAAUGGGUAGACUGGGAAGAGUUACGGACCAUGGCAGAGAAAUUCAAAUCGGCAGGGGACGAGGCUCCGAAACUCUUCUUGCCGUUGGUGAAUCUCUUUGACCAACACCGGGGAAUCAGCCUCUCACAAGCGUAG